GGAGGUGGGGCCAGGAGCGGCAGGCGCCGCGGCUCUCGCGCCCCUGUUAUUGUUACACUGUAGCGGGUUCGGGGUUACGCUGAGCCCGCCCUUCCCCUUCGGGCGGAGAAGCUGGGUGCGGACCGGAGCCGCCCCGCAGGGACUCGCUCAGGAUGCCGAUCAACAAAUCUGAGAAGCCGGACAAGCCUGAGAGCUGUGAUAAUGUCAAGGUUGUUGUCCGAUGCCGACCUUUCAAUGAAAGAGAGAAAGUAAUGUGCUACAAGAUGGCAGUUAAUGUGGAUGAAAUGAGGGGAACCAUUACUGUUCAUAAAACAGACUCUUCCAACGAACCUCCAAAGACAUUUACAUUUGAUACAGUUUUUGGACCAGAGAGUAAACAGCUUGAUGUCUAUAACUUAACUGCAAGACCAAUUAUUGACUCUGUUCUGGAAGGAUACAAUGGCACCAUCUUUGCAUAUGGACAGACUGGCACAGGCAAAACUUUUACCAUGGAAGGUGUACGAGCUGUUCCUGAACUUAGAGGAAUCAUCCCCAAUUCAUUUGCCCAUAUAUUUGGUCACAUUGCAAAGGCAGAGGGGGACACAAGAUUUUUGGUUCGAGUGUCUUACUUGGAAAUUUACAAUGAAGAAGUACGUGACCUGCUCGGAAAAGACCAGACGCAGAGGCUAGAGGUUAAAGAGAGACCUGAUGUGGGAGUUUAUAUCAAAGAUCUUUCAGCUUAUGUUGUAAACAAUGCAGAUGAUAUGGAUAGAAUCAUGACACUAGGCCACAAAAACCGUUCUGUUGGUGCCACUAAUAUGAAUGAGCACAGCUCCCGUUCCCAUGCCAUCUUCACUAUUACCAUUGAAUGCAGCGAGAAAGGUGUUGAUGGAAACAUGCAUGUUCGUAUGGGCAAGCUGCACCUUGUAGAUCUAGCUGGAUCAGAAAGGCAGACAAAAACUGGAGCUACUGGGCAACGACUAAAGGAGGCCACAAAAAUUAACCUUUCUCUUUCCACUCUUGGGAAUGUUAUUUCUGCACUGGUGGAUGGCAAGAGUACUCAUGUGCCCUAUCGUAACUCUAAAUUGACUCGACUUCUUCAGGAUUCCCUGGGGGGCAACUCAAAAACCAUGAUGUGUGCAAAUAUUGGUCCGGCAGACUAUAAUUAUGAUGAGACUAUCAGCACACUCAGGUAUGCCAACCGUGCCAAAAACAUCAAGAAUAAGGCCAGAAUUAAUGAAGAUCCCAAGGAUGCCUUGCUCCGUCAGUUUCAAAAAGAAAUUGAAGAGCUUAAAAAAAAGCUGGAGGAAGGGGAAGAGAUAUCUGGCUCUGAUAUCAGUGGUUCUGAAGAUGAAGAAGAAGAAGAAGAAGAAGAUGGGGAGGUUGGAGAGGAUGGGGAAAAGCGUAAAAAACGAAGGGGCAGUAGCAGCACCAGUAGUUCAGACUCCACAUGCUCUGUCAUAGAGAAACCUCUGGAUAAGUCCUUCACUAGCAAGAAGAAAGUUUCCCCAGAUAAAAUGGUAGAGAUGCAAGCCAAGAUUGAGGAAGAGAGAAAAGCACUUGAAACCAAGCUUGACAUGGAAGAGGAAGAGAGAAACAAAGCCAGGGCUGAACUGGAGAAGAGAGAGAAAGAUCUACUCAAAGCCCAACAGGAACACCAGUCGCUGCUGGAGAAGUUAUCAGCUUUGGAGAAGAAGGUGAUUGUGGGAGGUGUGGACUUGCUGGCAAAAGCUGAGGAGCAGGAGAAACUUCUAGAGGAAUCUAACAUGGAGCUUGAAGAGCGAAGAAAAAGAGCUGAGCAGCUUCGCAAAGAGCUUGAGGAAAAAGAGCAAGAGCGCCUGGACAUUGAGGAGAAGUACACCAGCCUGCAGGAAGAGGCACAGGGCAAGACCAAGAAGCUGAAGAAAGUCUGGACAAUGCUAAUGGCUGCAAAAUCAGAGAUGGCAGAUCUGCAACAGGAACAUCAGAGAGAGAUUGAAGGAUUGCUGGAGAAUAUUCGGCAGCUCAGCAGGGAGCUUCGUCUUCAAAUGCUCAUCAUAGAUAACUUCAUUCCUCAGGACUACCAGGAAAUGAUUGAAAACUAUGUUCACUGGAAUGAAGACAUUGGAGAAUGGCAGUUGAAAUGUGUUGCAUAUACAGGGAACAACAUGAGAAAACAGACCCCGGUACCAGAUAAAAAGGAAAAAGAUCCCUUUGAGGUGGAUCUUUCCCAUGUUUAUCUAGCUUACACAGAAGAAAGCCUGAGGCAGUCUUUGAUGAAGUUAGAGAGGCCGAGGACUUCAAAAGGAAGAUCAAGGCCUAAAACUAAUAGAAGAAAACGUUCAGCAAAGCCAGGCGUCGUCAUUGACUCUCUGCUUCAGUAGGUGUUUUGCAUUCUGCUUCAGAGUAAAGAUUAAUGUGUGUUGUAAUGCUUUGCUAAAAUUCAUAGUUCUUUAGAAAAUAUUGAAGAACUGGCGCAAUUUAACCAGAAGGGGCUACCAAACAAUGCCUCAUCAGUAAACAAAAAUGAACUUGUUUCUCUAAUUACCCUUAUACUGUAUGUUAUAUUAACAUAUGUUAAACCAAUAUAUGUGUUGUUGCAAAAUUGUCCAUAUAUUACACCACUCUUUGUGUUGUGCAGGGAAACCAGUGGCAGUAAACCUUGUUGAAAUGUAUAGAAAGCAAGAACUUUAGGUGUGUUUAAAUUUUAAAAAUAUUAGCCCAGUGUGGUGGAUAGAUCCUGAACUUUAAAUCCUAAUAACUCUGUUUUAUGUCCUGCUUUGUACAUAAACUAGCGGCUUACGCUGUUGUCCUGUGUUGCACUGUUGUAUGUUUUCACGUAGUGGGUAUAAAUCCAUGAUAUAACUUAAUCUGAAUACUGAGCCCCCUUCCUUGGCUAUUUAAAUACUCCCUAUUUGUAGCUGCUGUUUGAAUUUCAUACAUUAAAUGACUAAUUGUCUGUCUUUCUGUUCCUUUAGUAACUGACAUAUGUAGACUUACUGUAUAUUGUUGCAUAAAGAGUGACUGUUCUGAAAACCUAAACUGUACAAAUUCAAGAACAUUGGGCAAGGACAAUGUUUUGUUUCGUUUCAGUGCAAAUGAAAACAAAACUGUUUCGUUUCAUUUUAUUUGAAGUGCUGUUGUCCUUUUAUUUACUGUUUAAAUGCACACAAUCUCUAGGCAACAACUUUGACUACUUUUCUGAGGGUGGCCAUCGCUGAAGAAAAUGCAAGAGAAUAUGUUUUACUUUUUAAAAGGCUGCUUUGAACCUUGACUGCGCUUGCACUGAGUGGAGGAUGUGUAACUGAUCUCUCUGAUUGUAACUGAGCCUUGCAUUUUUUGUAUGAAUUGCUCUACUCUCAAUAUGGAUGGAGAAGAAAAAAUCCUAAUGUGUUAAAGAGAAUGCCACAAACCCAUAAUAUAGCUCAGGCUAGGUGUUUUCAGAGCUUGUAGCUAGCUUUCGCACCCUUGGCCCUAAUAUUUUGGGGGCAAUGCUCUAUUGAUCAGGGAUGAAUUUGGACCCUUUAUAUUUUAAAAUAGAGAGGUGCUUCCUUUACUUCCAAUCUCCAGGUAGUAGUAACAUCCGCACAAAAGUCGGUCCUGUCUACACCCAAGUAGCCUUUUGUUUUCCGUUACACUUAGAGACAGUAUCUUAAUUUCUUCUAAAAUCAUUAUCCUUUGCAUUGAGUGGCUGCUGAUUUACUAGUUCAUUUGAUCCCCCUGAAUACUGUGCUGCUACUAAACAUUUAACAUUUUAAUAUAUUGCUUUUGUGAUACAAGAGAAAUUAUUCCUUUGUCUUGUGUAUGUUCUGUAACUAGUGCAGGAACACAUCAGUUACAGAUGUCUUCAGUCUUCAUAAACCCGUUUAUUAUUAAUGUCUGUAACUUCAGCAUAACCUUACAGUGUUGCAUGGAGUGUAAAAAGCUGUGACUGCUGAUGUGAAAAGGUGGAGUCCCUAAACAAAAGCAUAGCACUGUUCCACUGCGGGUGUCAUGCAUUCGUUCUGGUAACAAGAUUUACAGUUAGUUGAAAUAUUCUUUCUGUAGGGUGCAGAAUAUUUAAAAAUGCAUCAAAAUACAAUGUGUUCUUCUUAGUACUAUGACCAAUAGCUCUGUCUUGUGGAUCUCUAUGCAAGUGUAAGAUGCACAGUCUGGCAGUUAAAAUUUGGUCUCACAAGGACAUAUUUAACUUUGAGAAUUUCAGUAGCAUUCUGGUUAAGCUCUGUUGUCCUUUUUAAAAAAUCUGUUUCUUUUGAUGUGUAUGUCUACACUGCGAUUAAACACACGUGGUUGGUCCGUGUCAGCUAACUCGAGGCUUGGGGACUGUAAAAUUGCAGUGUAGAUGUUUGUGCUUGUGUUGGAGCCCAGGCUCUGGGACCCUGCGAGGGGGAAUGCUCCAGCCCUAGCCUGAAAAUCUGCACCACAAUUUUACAACACUGCAGCCCAAACCCUGUGUGCCCAAGUCAGCUGACAUGGGCUAGCUGUGGGUGUUUAAUUGCAGGGUAGGCAUACUCCGUGUCUUCACCCAGGAGCAAAACUUAUUAUGUUGCGUGGGUUUUUUUAAAAACAAUUGACACUGUCAUUUUAAAGUUUAUACAAGAUUUCUUUUUUUAUAGCACAGCAUUUAAAUAAGAGGCAAUUCAUCAAGCUCUUCCCCCAAAAUGAGGUGUACUUCUCAUCUUGAAGAAAAAUUUAAGUAUUGGUACUUAAACUUAACUUACUGUGAAUGUGCAGUAAACUUAUUAAACGUCCUAAUUUACGUAACUUCUAUACUUGUCAUACAUGCUAAAAAGACUGAAGAGAGUCCAUAAUGGCUCAGAAGUCAUUGCUAUGGCCCCAGGCCGUCACCAGGUCCGUGCAAGAGGACCUCUGCAGCCGCAGGAAGCCCAAGCUUCAUGUGGGCUUCUGGAGCCAUGUGCUCAGUGUAGAAUUGGGGCCAAUGUCAGUAAUAGAAGAUCUGGAGUUCCUUGGUUUUUAUGAUAAAAGUUAAUACCAUUAUGACCUUGUUGCAGUAGGAUCCAGCAACUAGGCAAAUAAACACUUCCUCCUUAAUCAGUGCUUUUUAAAAAUGAUCUUACCAAAUGGUCUGUCUGUCUGACAGACCAUUAAUGGCACCUUGAAGGUGCCAUUGUGAGCCAUUCUACCCAUACUAAAACAUUAAAUGAUUAAGUCUAAAAGUGCAUUUGCUACAGUGGAACAGAUCUGUAAAAGACAAGUCCCUGAUAAACAAAUGUUACUUGUACAACAGUAGUUAAGAGGACAGCUUUUCUGUAUGUAUGUUUGUUAAAAAAGGAAGCUUCUUGUGUCAUUUCUAUCUUUUAUACCAAUUUGCACAUAAAACCAGCAUGCUCCAUGAUAGACUUGCUGGCUGUGAUUUGCUGUCACAGCUUCGGCUUUGGAGAACAAAAUCCCUUGCUAUUAAAAAGGAGGAACUUUGAAAUGAAAUGUUUUUAAGUAGGUUCUGUUUAUAUUUAUGAAGCUUGACUGAUCUUUGAAAGGUUUGAAUGUUUGUCUGAGUAUGGGCAUUAUUUUUAAAGUUGCUAAAAAUGCAUCUGGGCUACAGAUUUACCCUGCAGCUCUUGGAUUAUCUGCAGGCUUAUUCUGUCCAAACUCAUUUUUAAAUCUUUUUUUAAAUUUAUGCUUUAGCCAAUACAGCUAUUCUGGUCUCAGUUCAGUCUUUCCUUAACUCAUGCUCUUUUGUGUGGUUGUGUCUGUCAGUUUUCCUCCCAGUUUCCUCUCUUCAGGAAGUGUUGGCCUUAACACUGACAUUUCCUGGGUCUUUUGUCAGUUUGUUACAUUCUUAACAUUGCUUUUAAUAGAGCAUAUUGUGCAUUUAAUUUUUUCCUGGUCCUGGAAUUGCUAGAAUGGGGGGGAAAUCUUCCUUAGUGCCUUUCACUGACUUAUACUGUAGUCUGCACACUUUAAAUUAUAGCUAUUUCUCUUUAGUUCUGUUUCACCAAUUUGUAUAUAGGCAAGAAAUUCUAGUUGUACAAUUACUCCCUAUUUAUUGUUUUGCUAACUUUUUGGAAGUGUUGUUUCUGAUUAUUCAUUGUAUUUUAUGUAUAAAUUUUAUUUGUUACAUUGUACAUACCAGUAUUGUGUGUACAUGGUGCAUGUUCUUGCCAAGGAAUAAAAAUUUGAACUCC